UGUGUUUAAACUGCCACUCUUUCUUGUCUUUCAGAUUGGGGAGACCCAGCUGGUGCUUGUGACUGAGGAGUCCUUUGACGCCCAAUACUAUGUGGCUCACAACAAAUACUAUGAGCAGGUGCUGGUGCCCAAGAGGUCAGAGUUCAAGGGGAAGAUGAUUGAGGUGGAGAUCUUCGAGGCCGGCAAACACUUCCUGAAGGGAAGACCGCUGGACGGCUCCGUAGUGUUCACUCCCUCCAUCGCCGAGCCGCUGCAGCAGGGGGAGGUGUCUGGCCUCAGUCAGGAGCAGCUGUCCCUCCAGCAGAAUGGGUCCGUCCCCUCCUCAGGCGUGCUGACUGUAUCCUGGAGCCUGGACAGAGAGGGGCUGAAGCUGCUGUCUAUCAGCCUGGCUGUGGUGGCUAUCCUAGUGGUCUUCAUGUGGGAGAAACUCCACUGAGACAGAGGGGCUGGAAGACAUGGACCUGGGCCUGUAUUUAUAGAGCGUCUCGGAGGAGGAGUGCUGAUCCAAGAUCAGGGCCCCCUCCUUUACAAUCAUCCUUAUAUUCUACAAGGCAAAACUGAUCCUAGAUCAGCAUUCAUACACCGAGACUCUUUAUGAAUAAGGGACCUGGAUCAAAUACAUAUGGAAAUUAUUUCCAAGUACUUUGUACUGGGCAAACUAAAUCAAGCGUAGCUCGAGUAUUUGAAAGAGUUUGACAUAUUUAUUUGGCCCUAUAGGUUUGGUUGAAAUGGGUUUUGGAUGGGUCCUAGUUUAGCUUUAUAUGAGGAAAAACCUCUCAGUCUUGGACAAAGACGGAUUGAAUCUGAAGCUGCAUAUGAGAGUUAGGAAGAGGAGACGAGGGUAGGAAACAAGGACAGGAGAUAAGGAGAGGACAGGUUAAAGAGAUGUUGUGUGAUACUCUGAUUUAAGAUGGUGGAUAUCUUUAAUUAAAAAGUAUUUAUUUUGACCACAAGGAAACAGACACAGAAGAACAGGUAUAUUUUUUGGUAAUGAAUUUACACCACAGUAAAAGCCCUCUCUGUGUCUGUCGUACUGUCGUACCACAUUGUAAUUGUUUAUCAAAACAUGGUUCGUUUUUAUUUCCAUUUUGACGUCAGUCUACUACUGAGUAGAUGGAGACCCCUAUGUGCCCUGGUAUGAAGUAGUUAGGGAACAGGGUGCUAUUUGGGAUGUAGUGAUGUUACAGUGUGAAACUGCAUGUUGUUGGAUUCUAUUCAUGUACAUCAUAGCAGUGGAUCAUCUCCUAUCCCAGGGGACUUAUUGUCUGGCCUAGAUCCCUGUCUGCCUCUCAAAUGACACCCUAUUCCCUAUAUAGUGCAUUACUUUUCACCAGGACUGGCACCCUAUUCCCUUUAUAGUGCACUACGUUUCACCAGGACCCUAUGGGGGGGGGGUCUGGCCAAAGGUAGUGCACUAUAUAGAGAAUAGAGUGUCAUUUGGGACACAGACUUGACAGUGUUUUCUCAUCUUUGUUUGCAGGGUAAAGCUAACCUUAAUAAACUUUAAUAAACCACAA